AACCAGACGAUGUGGUUAAACGACAAGAAGCUCUCCUAGCUGCCCGAAUGAAGAUGCAGGAACAAUUGAAUGUCCAAGCAGAGAAGUUCAAGGAAAAACAGAAAAUGCUCGAAGAGGAGAAGAGAAAGCAAAAGAUAGCCAUGUGGGAAAGCAUGCAGGAAGGGAAAAGCUACAAGGCGACUCUCCAACACAACCAGGAACCCACGCCUGAAGCCUCCACAUCGACAACUGUUGUUAAGCCAAAACCCAACAAAAAGCCCUUACGAGGGGAGGGUUAUAACCCCUUGUCUGGAGAAGGUGGUGGGACUUGUUCGUGGAGACCAGGACGCAAAGGCCCUUCCUCGGGUGGAUGAGGCUAAUUCUCCCGGUGUCUUCCUUGGACACCGGAGGGCAUUAACUCUACCUCGCAACCAGUGGCUGUCUGUGGGUUGCUUGCUGUAGGGAGUUUGGAGAGAAAGGGCAAGAAAGAAGAUCGGUGAUUUUUUUUUAAAUAUAAAUGUGCCAUGCCCAUCUGUGAAUUUUAGAGUUUUUUCUCUGGAGUUUUUGUUCCCACCAAGUCAUGGAAACCGAUGCAACUGAAGUUCGCUGCUUGUUCUCUGUAGCAACCCACCUUGGAUGACGUGGCUCUUCUAAAGGGUGACAACACCACGAGGGCAACUGAGAUUAGCAACCACUGAGCGGGGCAGUUCUUGCCAUACUCUUUUUUUUUGUUUUUAAUCAUUUCCGCUUUGUAUAACAAAGAGACUGUACAUAGCAUUGGCAAGAGGUCUGUUUCUUUAGCUUUCUUUUUCUAUAGAGAAAACUAUGCGCUCUAGUUUAAUAAACAUGUCUUAAGGCUGCA